GAAGAAUGACAAGAUAAUGGGCAAAGUCAGACUCAGGUGGACCUGUCCCCACCUUCUCCCACCUCUCUCUCUCUCUAUUGGGGUGGUGCGCGUAGGUUAACUUAACCCAACCCCCACCCUACCACCCUACCACCGCUGGCGCACGUUAGUCCACCUCACCCCACACCUAAGCGGUGGCCUCAUCCACCGCUCAUCUCACACGCCCACCUUUAGAUCUCGAAAUCAGCCGCACACCCCUCCACCCACCCUCUUAAACACCCUACCCACAGCCACAAGCAUGCUUCCAAACACCACUUUCUCCUCCUCCCUCCUCCCCCUUCCCUUUUUCCUCCUUCCCCUCCUCCCUCCUUCUAUCCUGUGCCGCCCCCUUAUCCUACAUCCCCAGAUCCCACCCUAAACAAAACAAUAUCCAUGGCUUCUCCACCGUCUUCCCCGCAGGACGACUCCAUCCUCCCUCUCCAAUCGGACCCACCGCAGGCCGUGCCGCUUGCUCUCCCGGCCCCACCGCUGACCCUAUCCCAGCAAACACAGCCGAACCCAACCCCGCCUUCCUCCCGCCGCCUCCCUCCUCCCUGCUGGUCCCACGACGAGACCGUUGCCCUCAUUGACUCCUACCGCGAAAAGUGGUACUCCCUCCGCCGUGGAAACCUCAAAGCCACCCACUGGCAGGACGUGGCCGACGCCGUCGCUCGACGAUGCCCCGCUGCUUCUCCCGCGAAGACCGCCGUUCAGUGCCGUCACAAGAUGGAGAAGCUGCGGAAGCGGUACCGGACUGAGAUCCAGCGAGCCAGGUCGAUGCCGUUGUCCAGAUUCACGUCGUCGUGGGUCCACUUCAAGCGGAUGGACGCCAUGGAGAAGGGGCCGGCAGCUGGGAAGAGGGAAAAUUCCGAAAGUCCCGGUGAAGAGGAAGAGAACGAGGAGAACGAAGAGGAGGAGGAUCCGGAUCAGGAGCUCUAUGAGGAGCUGAGAUACGGGUCGAAUAUGAAGAGUAUGAGUAAGUUGUAUAGGAAUGGAGUUGGGGUUGGUGGCGGAAGUGGUGGCGGUGCUGGUGCCGGAAGUGGGUUUAGGAUUAGGAUUCCAACUGGGGUUAGUAUAGCUCAGCCUGGGACCAAGGUGUAUCCGAAGAUGGAUCAGAAAUUCGGAAUGAAUUCGAAUCCAGGGUUGAAUUCGGGGUCAGUUUAUGGGAGUGCUAAGGUGAUGAGAGAGAGUGGGAAUUCGGGGAGGCCUGGAUUGGGGAAGAGAGAAAGGGAUGGGGGGGAGAGAGACCCCGUGGCGGAGAUGGUGUCAGCGAUUAAGCUUUUGGGAGAUGGGUUUGUGAGGAUGGAGCAGAUGAAGAUGGAGAUGGCGAGGGAGAUCGAGGCAAUGCGGAUGGAGAUGGAGAUGAAGCGGACGGAAAUGAUUUUGGACUCUCAGCAAAGAAUUGUGGAGGCUUUUGCAAAGGCGGUUUCAGAGAAGAAGAAGAAGGCCAAGAGAAUGCCAUCCCCUGAGGCAUAGAUGGUGGGAUUGCAUUGGAAGAUAGCAGCCGGUGGUGCUCUUGGAUCAUAGAGGGACUAAGUAAUGUGAGUUUAAUUAGUUGUAAUUUCGUGUUUAACUCUCGUUUACGAGCCACUUUUUACAAUUUCCUUUUGUUUUCAGAGUGUUGAGGGAAUGUGGAACUUGAUCACGUUAGCUUGGUACUAGUAGAAGAUUGUAGCUUAGUCGCGUAGCGGAAACUAUGUAGAUUAGCUUGUAGUCUCGUGUAGUGGAAUCUAUAUAUUCGAGAAAAAUGUUCUCUUUGUCUGACGGUCUAGCAGAUUCUGAAUCUAGCAACACAAGCAUGGUAUGAUUGGAGAAACCGAGUAGCGAUUACGCGAUGCAGUUUGCUUGGUAUCAUAAAACACAAAGCUUAGAUAUGUGUCUGCAUUAUGCUUUGCUUGGUAGUGUAUCGUACUGCUCGAUAAAUAUGAUUCCUGGAAUGAUACCGGUUAGUAGUAUGCGUUUUAUUUUUC